GCUUGAUGCUUCUGACAAUCCCAGACAAUCCGACGAGCGCGAAGUGAGCAUUUCGGGAACUACGUGACCGAUCACCGACGACGCACGUCUGUUUGUCUUUCGGGAUUUACGCGGUUUAACCUAUUUAACCAUCAAGUUUGGUUGCUCGGCGAGAUUGGGCGAGAUACAGUUGGAAGAGCGACAGAUUCGGAGUACACGAUGGCUACACCUCCGAAUACCGGAUUGUCCUUCGGUACGCCAAAAGCCACGACAGGACUCACCGGUCUGACUUUUGGCACUCCGACCACCAUGGUCACUGGAACCGGCUUUGGCCUCGGUGGCGGGAUAACCGCGACAACAACGUCCAUAUCCACUGCAUCGAGUCUACCGAGUUUCACGAAUCUUGCGAGCAGCGGGAGUGGUGGGACUCCUAUGUCCGCGGCAACGGGACUUUCGUUCGACGCCGCGAAAGUGUCGCCAGCUCCGGCCACGGGGUUUCCCAUCGUGACAACUACAACGGGAAGUUUCAAUUUUGGUGUUGGAACAGCAAAACCUAUGACAGGAUCCACUGGCUUGACUUUUGGUACUCCAAAUACUAUGACUACUGGACCUGGCGGCUUUGGUCUUGGAAGUACAAUUGCAACUACAACGUCGGCAACAAACGUACCGAGCUUUAACCUUCCUAGCAGUACAGCGCCAACGUCUGUAACACCGGGGCUUUCAUUCGAUGCCUCGAAAACAGGUACCACAACUUCGAACACAGGAUUUUCUCUCGCAGCAACUACUACAGCAGGAUUUAGUUUUGGAACAUCAACGACUGCUUCCACUGGAUUUCCUUUGAGCAAAACAACUUCCGCUGUUGUUUCAACGAGUUUAGCAGCACCUGCAACUCACACUUCCUUGGGUACUACCACUACUGUUAGUUCUGCAACUGGUAUUCAACCAGGUGCCAUUAAUUUCUGUCAGCUUGAAGAAUCUAUCAACAAGUGGACUUUAGAAUUGGAGGAACAAGAGAAAGUAUUCGUGAAUCAAGCGACACAAGUUAAUGCCUGGGAUAAAUUGUUGAUAACAAACGGGGAGAAAAUAGUAACGUUAAAUCAAGAAGUUGAAAGAGUAAAAAUCGAGCAGCAACAAUUGGAGCACGAAUUGGACUAUGUUGUAGGACAACAGAAAGAGCUGCAAGAAUGUUUAGUACCACUGGAAAAGGAGCUAGCAUCUCUUUCUGUCUCGGAUUCCGAUCGAGAAUAUACGUAUCGUUUGUCGGAGAACCUCGAUACUCAGCUAAAACGCAUGUCAGAGGAUUUGAAGGAAAUAAUAGAACAUUUAAAUGAAGCAAAUCGUGCUCAAGACUCCAGUGAUCCUAUCGUUCAAAUUGGAAAAAUUUUAAACGCGCAUAUGAACAGUUUACAAUGGCUGGAUCAACAGACGGCUCUGUUGAAUCAGAAAAUACAACAGAUAGAUCAGAUGCAUCAGAGUUUCAGGCAAGAGAGCGAACAGAAUUUACAUUUAGCUUAUAAUUAGCCAUUAACUCAUUUUUUAUACAUAUAUAAAUUUGUAAGAACUAUUUUUUGUGUGUAG